CAUGCCCACUGGUGGGAGAACAUUCAGAGAAAAUACCACUUAGAGCAGUUGUAGUUUAGUUUGUAGUUCAACUUGUCUUAUAUCUUGACCUACUGCUACUUUUCCAAUGCAGUGCGCAUUCCUCUGUAUGCUUUCCCGUCUCUGUUCAUGAACAGCGCUUUGAGUUUUCAGUUACCGGAACUGGCUUAGCCUUGCCUUGGGAGAGUUUGGCCCGAUUGUCGCCCCCUGGUGGCGUUAGUCCCCCAACGCAGCAGGAGGAGAGUAGAGCUCUAUUUCCCGGUAAUCAGUCAACAAGGUCUGUUUACGUCAGGCAGAAGUUCCAUUUGAGCUCAAAAGCGUGUUUUCCUGGUUCUUUGCAUUUGAUUGUGAGCCAUGAAAAGAACAGAGAUGGAUCAAACUAAGAGCCCCAACAUGACCAAGAAACACCGAGCUGUGGAACCACUUCCCCCCACUGAGACACAAGUUUCUCUUCCCUCUCUCAACUCGGACAUCCUGGAAGAGAUCUUCCUAAAUAUUCCUCCCAAUAUGGUGGUUUGUGUUUGCCGAUUAGUAUGCCACGAGUGGAAAGAAGUAGCUGACAGACAAUCUUUCUGGAGAGAAAAAUGCAGGAGGGUAGGAUAUUCUCUUGGUGAAAUCUACAAAAGCCCUGAUAACUGGAGGAUGUUUUACUUCUUGCUCAAGAAGAAAAGAAAUCUUAUUGAAAAUCCAAGAGGAGAAGAAGGACUUAGCAGAUGGAUCAUCCGGCUGAACGGAGGUGAUGGCUGGAGAGUUGAGCCAAUCAUGGAGAAGCAUCCUGACAUGACAGUCCAGAAAAACUUUGUCACUUCUUUUUAUAUGUGUGAGAAGUACCAAAUAAUUGAUUUGAAGAACAAGGGCUACAAUUCAUCUAUAAUGGACACAUUCCAACCAGACAUCAGAAUAUCUGAAUGGUUUGCUUCUCGCUUUGACUGUGGCUGUAAGUACAACAUCCGUGUGGAACUGCUUAAUGAAAGAAUGGAGUAUAUUCAAGUGUUUGCCCCUAGAACUGUUAAUGUCCAUUGGAGGUCCUUUCGUCACUGGAAUCAGAUGACCCAUAUAUUUCAAAACUAUGGCCCUGGAGUGAGAUACAUUCGAUUUAUUCACGGGGGCAUAGAUACAAGAUACUGGAAAGGGUGGUUCGGUGUUCGCCUCACCGAUUGCUGUGUUGAGAUUUGUCCACCAAUGCACAGCAUCGUUGGUACAGGCUUUGGAAGAACAGCAAAGGAUGAAUCAAGAAACGUCAAAUCACGUGCAUGCACCAUUUCCUGAAAACUACUCAAAUGUCUGUGGAGGUGUGCAGGAUUGUUUAAUCAACUGUAACGAAUGACGCAUAUAGAGUAAACAAACAAUGUGGUGGAGUAUUGCUUUAAAACAGGAGGCUUGUGGAAUCAGCAACGUUAGCUUUUAUGCUGUAAAGUAGAACUGUUUGGUUCAAAGGGGACAUAUGAUGCAUUUCGGUUCUAUGUUUCACCCUGAAAUUAUUUGUAUGUUUGUAUAAGACACAGCCAUUUAUUUCCUAUGUCCAGUUUAGAUUUUUUUUUACAGUUGUUUUUUUCACAGUUGUUUUGCUUUUCUCCAUGUUUGACUUUUCACCAUGAAGAAAAGAUCAGCUGACUCAUUUAAAUACACCUUAACAUUCAUGAGGUGCUUUGCAUUGACUAUCUGUGGCUGAAAGUGGGCGUGUAAAAGGGCAGAAUAUGAGGCGGAAACAGGAGCAGCUGUGAUCUAUAAAUGAAAAUGACGGUUUUAUAAAUUGAAAAGAAUUUCCCUGUACUCCAUUCUGAGUUUUUUUGGAAUAUGUACACUUUUAGUAUGGAUUAUUCUCAAUGUUUUAUAAAACCUCAGCAUGGCGAUGCAAGAGCACUUUAUGAAAAAUUAUUUUUGACCACAGUAAUUAUUUUAUUGGUUUGAUUUUCGGGCUUAAUCCCCAGUUUAACCAGGGGAGCGGAGCGUGGUUUACACUCGAUCUUUUGCUUCAGCCAUGGUGGGACAGAGGAGAAAACAUUAAUAGCUUUAAAGAUUUUUAACUGCAGUCAUAUUAUUUUUGUCCAUUUGGCUGUGGGCUGUGCUGUCAGUGGAUGAAGCGUUGGGCUUGAUCGAGCUCGAGCCCCUUUCAGCGGGGCAACUCUGUGAAAGCAACCCGCUGCUUCCUCGGGUGCUUUAUAUAGAAAGAUGGGGCGGCAACAGGGAAAGUGAGAUAGCUGCUGGCUUGUACCGUAAGAGGUGGAUGGAUAGACAAUUCAGAACCAUCUUUCAGUGUGAAAAGAGAGAAAGCCACGAUAAAUGCAUAGAUCUGAUGCAGUGUGUCUGGUUACAGAACCCUGAAGUGUCCCUUUUUCUUCUUUUUUUUUUUUCUUAUUCAGGCAUGGUUUAUGGUUUUUAAAAUAAUAAAAUUGUUUCGGUGUCACCCACUCUGUUCAUAGUGGUCCUUAAUACAAACCGGAUUCCAAAAAAGUUGGGACACUAA